AUGUCGUUUACACUCCUACAGCUUGUCGCUACCAUCUACGCUUUUGUUCAGUUUGCAUUUGCCGACGAAGUAGGCACCGUGCUAUUUCCGAACACGUCGUUUUUUGAGAUCGAGCACUACUAUCCCAGCCCACGAUACCAUGUCUACCCUCGCAGGACCGACUUCAGCGUUGCCAGUUUUGUCAACUGGGGCCAGAUUACAGACUACAACUCGAAGGCGAAUGAUGGAGAUGACUACUUCUCUCUGGAAACCGGCCCCUUUGCCUACUGCGCUAUCGGGAACUACUCGUUCUGGUUGUCUCAAUAUGGACGGGGCAGCUUAGCGGGUGCUGGCGCGCACUUUUUGAUGGCUAUGAACGGAAGCCACCCGUCAUGGGCAAAAAUACACCCAGACCUCGAUGACAUCGACGAGGACUAUAAUACGAUGAUACCGUACACCGAUGACGAGAACGAUGCUAUGAACGAACCUUACUACUUCACCUUUUUUGCUCCCCGAUCUUCCUGCGUCAUGACUUCCGCGACCACCGCUGUCCAGGUCUGGGAGAUCUUACAUGAGAAGCGUGAUGAUCUGGCAAUUGGAUCAAUGUUGGUCAAUUACACAAUCAACCCAGAUGAAGGGACUUUUGCGUCCACCCGGCCCCAGGAUGUGUAUAGCUCCUACUACGUUGAUGACGACGACGACGCCGAUUAUCAGUAUGGUUAUGGUCUCCUAUCCACCAUGAAGGUCAAUGGAGUCAUUUACAUGUACGCAGUUGACAGAUCGAGCUACGGUAACUACCAAGACGUUUUGCUUGCAUCCGCCCCGGCCAGCACGGUCCUGGACAAGUCGACUUGGAGCUACUGGCAAAAUUCCACUCAGUCAUGGAAUACGACCGAGCCUCUUGCAACAAAGCGCAGACAAGACGAUGCCGUUUACACCGCUAGUUCUAGCAUCGGCUAUCAAAUUGAUGGUGGCUCUAUGGGUUCGAUCUUCUACUCGGAGUACCAUCAUGCCUACAUCUUCACCUACUCGACAUCCGACGACCCGAGCACGCUCAUUAUCGAGUACGCGCCAACGCCGGCCGGGCCGUGGUCUCAGAACGAGCAAGUGUUGGUCAACAGCACGGAUGUUGACUUCAAUUAUGCUAUCGUCACGCCUUACUUCUACAACUCGCCUGCGCAUGAAGGCCAUGUCGGAAAAGAGCUUCUCAUCUCGGUUUCUCCUGCCUCCUAUGAUAAUACCUACUGGGCUUACAAGUUGAGUUUUGAGUAG